UGCCCACAAUCCCUACCCCUCAUUCUCUGUUUUGUUUGGUCCGAGAUGGGGUCCAGGUUAGCCCGAAUGCUCCACUUUCCUGCCUCAGUGUCUGGAGUGAGUGCUGGGGUCAUGAGUGUGUUGCCAUGCCAGGGUGCGAAUUUACAGCGAUCUCCCCCCACACUGUUGGUUUUUCGAGACAGGGUUUCUCUGUGUAGCCCUGGCUGUCCUGGAACUCACUCUGUAGACCAGGCUGGCCUCGAUCGAACUCACUGAAGCCCACCUGCCUCUGCCUCCUGAGUGCUGGGAUUAAAGGCGUGUACCACCACUGCCUGGCGUUUCUACUGACACAGGAAGUCACCCUCGUUUGUCCUCUUCAGGUCGCUGUACGGACGGUUCCAGGGUGCGUAGGUCAGAGAUGGUGCGUCUCUGAGAGCUGAGGUCCCUGAAGAGCAUCAUCUCCUGGGUGAAUGUGGGACCCUCCUCCACAGCCUCAAGCCUUACAUCUCACCCUUCCAGCCAGAAUCCUGGAACCGAAACUCCAGAGACGUCUGUGAGAUUUUCUAUUCGGGUCUAACUUCCCUGAAACUGGAGAAGAAACUGGGAAAAGGUGGAACCCAGGUCCCCAGGCCAUGGAUAUGCCCCGAGCAGUAAAGGCACAGUGUCCCUGGCGCCCAUACCUCGUCAGCCUGCUGCUGCAGCUGCUCUUUGCUCUGGGUUUCUUCUCCUACACCCGAGUGUCCUAUGACCGACCUGGACCCCCAGCUCCUGGUCGCUCCCCGGGACCAGCCUCCACCCCGACUCCCCCUGCCCCCAGACCUCUCCUCAUCUUACUGUGGACAUGGCCCUUCCACACACCAGUGGCUCUGUCGCCCUGUUCCAAGAUGCUCCCGGGCACCGUCGACUGCCAGCUGACCGCCAACCGGAGCUUGUACCCCCAAGCAGACGCAGUCAUCGUCCACCACCGUGAAGUCAGCGCCAACCCCAAGUCACAGCUGCCACCUCAGCCGAGACCACCAGGCCAGCGCUGGGUGUGGUUCAGCUUGGAGUCGCCUAGCCACUGCAGCCAUCUGUCAGCCCUGGAUGGUUACUUCAACCUCACCAUGUCCUAUCGCAGUGACUCUGACAUCUUCACGCCCUAUGGCUGGCUGGAGCCGUGGCCGGAGCCUCCAGGCCAAAUCCAGGUCAACCUGUCUGCCAAGACUGACCUAGUGGCCUGGGCUGUGUCCAACUGGAACUCCAAGUCGGCCCGGGUGCAGUACUAUGAGAACCUUAAGAGUCACCUCCGUGUCGACGUGUAUGGCCGAGGGCAUAAACCGCUUCCCCAAGGCAACAUGACGGAGACACUGGCCAGAUACAAGUUUUACCUGGCGUUCGAAAAUUCCCUCCACCCAGAUUACAUCACAGAGAAGCUGUGGAGGAAUGCUCUGGAAGCCUGGGCCGUGCCUGUGGUCCUGGGGCCCAGCAGGAAGAACUAUGAACGGUUCCUGCCCCCUGACGCCUUCAUCCACGUGGAUGACUUCAAGAGCCCAGGGGACCUGGCUCGGUACCUGCAGGAGCUGGACAGGGAUAGCCUGAGCUACCAGCGUUACUUUCGCUGGAGGAAGACGCUCAGGCCUCGCUUGGGGAGCAUGGUUCUGGCCUUCUGCAAGGCGUGCAGGCAGCUGCAAUGGGACCAGAAGUACCAGACGGUCCCCAGUGUGGCCUCUUGGUUCCACUGAGGUGGCUGUCCAGAGUCCUACAGGCAGUGUCCAACCCAAAGUCACUGUCUGUAGCACCUAGGUGACAGACACCCCCCUUUACCUGGGACCCCUUAAUGGGCACCCUUAGCUUCCCAGAACCUUGGUUCUGGGGUCUUCAUGUAGAACUUUGUCCACUGUGGGUGUGGGUAGCUAGAAGCCUGAGCCAUAGGAAGAGAACCUGUUGCUGACACACUCCGCUCCAGGCCAUGACUUCCUAGGUCCCUCCCACUCGUGGGUAGGGGGUCUGCCUUAAUUGCUUGCUGUAUUUAUGAAGCAGCUAUCCCUGUGGCAGCUGUGGGUAUGGAACAGACACAGCCAUCUACAUGA